UUACUGACUGAGUUCAAUCAAUUUUUUGUUUGCAUUAACAUAGAUUACUGUCUAAAAUAACACUCAACCUUAAAACUUAAAAAUGAGUAAAAAGCCUAUAUCAUUUGGCAAGAUCAAUUUCAGCCUGAGCAAGAAUCAAAGUGUCGAUUCCGAAAAUGAACAAUCCACAUCUGGUUUCGGUUCUUUCGGGCGCACUCCUAUCCAAGAUCAUAAAGAAAUUGAAGAAUUAUCCGAUGACCUUGAAAACCAACAUGUGCACCAGGUUAUGGGUAUAAAGAACUUUGGGAAGAAGGCUAAAAACUUCGAUAUUGCAGAGAUGAUGGAGCAGGCGAAAAAAACGGCCUCCGAGGUGAAUAAACGCAAAUUGGAAACAGAUUUAGCAGAAAAAACCGCUGAGAAUAAUGAAGAAGAGGCAGAAGACGUCAUUGGACCAUUGCCUCCAGUUUUAAAAGACACGCAUAGUCAGGAAUCAGGAGAAAAUGAUUCUGAAGAUGAUCUGAUUGGUCCCCCAUUACCACCAAGUAUAAUACAAGAUGAUUCAAAGGAAAAGAAGGAAAAAGUGAAGAACAGUGAUGGGGAAGAUAGUUAUGAUGAGCUUAGUGGAUCUGAUGAUGAAGAUUUGAGUUUGGAGAAACGAAUACCAAAUACACAUGAAGUAGAAAUGAUUCACGGUACAAAGGCAGUGGUAGCAUUAGCUGCGGAUCCUUCAGGCGCCCGACUUGCCACCGGAUCUAUCGAUUAUGAUGUCUCAUUCUGGGAUUUUGCAGGCAUGGACUCCUCGAUGCGAUCAUUCCGCACCCUGCAGCCCUGCGAAAAUCACCCUAUCAAAGCCCUACAGUACUCGGCCACAGGAGAUUCCAUAUUGGUCGUAAGCGGCUCCGCUCAGGCCAAAGUUCUUGACAGAGACGGUUUCGAAGUCCUCGAGUGUGUGAAAGGUGACCAGUACAUAACCGAUAUGGCUAGGACGAAAGGCCACACGGCUUCCCUCAACAGUGGCUGCUGGCACCCUCACAUCCGGGAAGAGUUCAUGACGUGUUCCCAAGACGGAACUCUCCGUCUCUGGCUGACGGAGAACCCUAAACAGCACAAGGCGGUCAUCAAGCCGCGGCAGCAAGGCGGAUUGAAGACAAACCCUACAACUUGCGCUUUCUCGAGAGAUGGCAACACCGUCGCGUGCGGCUGCUACGACGGCUCCAUCCAAAUGUGGGAUCACAGAAAGAACUUCGUAAACACAACCCAAGUUCUAAGAGAUGCGCAUCAAAAGCAAUCGGAAAUUUCCAGUAUACAAUAUUCGUAUUUAGGAACGUACUUAUCGAGCAGAGGUAACGAUGAUACGUUGAAACUAUGGGACUUGAGAUGCUUCAAGAAACCGUUGAAUGUCUUUGGCAAUCUGUUCUCGAGAUAUGAACAAACUGACUGCGGAUUCAGCCCGGAUGACACUAUGGUUUUCACCGGAGAGUCUCUACAAAGAGGUCAGGACGUUGGCAGGCUGCUGUUCUACAAUACUAAAACGUUUGAGUUGGUGACGUGUAUAGAUGUGACAAAGUCACACGUGGUCAAAGCGGUUUGGCAUGCAAAGUUGAAUCAAAUAUUCGUUGGUUGUGGCAACGGUGUAGUGAAGUGUUAUUAUAAUCAGAGACGCAGUUUGCGCGGUGCUAAAUUGUGUUUAAUCAAGACACAUAGGAAGAAGCAUUCCAUGGAGGUUGUCAGUUCACAGCAGAUCAUAACUCCUCACGCGUUGCCAUUGUUCAGGCAGGAGAAGUUGAGGACGAAUAAGAAGCGAAUGGAAAAGGAUAGAUUAGACCCGGUGAAGUCUAGAAGACCAGAUCUUCCUAUAACCUCGGGGCAAGGGGGUCGCGUGGCUGCCUCUGGGAGUACACUGAGUUCGUUCGUGAUCCGUAACUUGGGUUUGAGCAAGCGGGUUGAUGAUGAUCAAGAUCCAAGGGAGGCUAUAUUGAAGUAUGCGAAGGAGGCUGAGGAGAACCCGUUCUGGGUGGCACCGGCGUAUAAGAAAACACAGCCUAAAACGAUUUUUCAGUCGGACGGCGAUGAAGACGGUCCGUCUGAUGCGAAAAAACCAAAAACUUAGGUUUAAUUUGUAUGUAUAAGUGAAAUAAAUUAUUGUAAAUACAUAUUCUCU